GGACAUCGGACGCAAGCGACGGCCGAGACGCGAAACAUCGCGCAUCCCCCUCCCCAGCCCGAAACCGACCCCAUGGCCGCUUCUAAUAUCGUCACCGAGUGGUUAAAGUCGCUGCGGCUCGGCCAAUACGCCGAGAGUUUCAUCGACAACGGCUACGACGACCUGGAGAUAUGCAAGCAGGUCGGCGACCCCGACUUGGACGCGAUCGGGGUGUUCAACCCGGUGCACCGGGCCCGUCUCCUCCAAAGCGUGAGGACGCUCCGCGAGGAGGGGGCCGCGAGCGUAUAUUUUAGCCUCGAGGAGGGCGUCCAGGUGGCUUCUUCGGCCGCGGCCGGUGGUGACGAGUGUUUUUGUGUCGCGGAAGACGGAGACGGCGGGUGCGCGUCCAAGACGUCGUCCGACAAACAGGACCGGGCGUCGUGUUCGUCGGGCGGCGGAGGCGACGACGUCGCCAAAUAUCUCGACGAGUACGAGGAGGGCAAAGCGGAGCUGGUUAAGAUACCGAGGAUGCAGCUCAAGGUGCUGCUGAGGGAAAAACUGCAGCAGGACGGGAUCCGGCUCAGUUGUCAGCCCUAUUCCACGCAGGACGGCGAACGCGGCUACCUGGAAGGCCUCGCCUCCCGCUACGCCGACCUCUUCAGCACCCACUACGGCGACGUGCUGGGUCACCUGGACGACCUACGCAAAGGCGAAGUGGCGGAGACGUCUUCCAAAGAGCUGCUGAUGAACGAGGCCCAAAGUUUGGGGUUGUUCUGCCAGGGACUGACCUCGUCGCUGUCGCAACCCAUCUACGUGCCCGGAAAGUACUUGCCAUCGAGUUGUCUAAGCCACAAGGAAGAGGAUGAGAUAUACGGGUUCGCGUACGGAGUGUUCAAGCCGCAGCUGGCUAUACAACCCCAGCAGCGGUUGGGAGCUCCGCCGCAGCAAACUCAGCCGCUCCUCUCGCAGCAGCAACACAAUUAUCAAACAUGCCUAAGUCCGAGAUCGGCGUAUUUCUACGAGUUCCCGCCCAACGAACAAAAUUACGCCAAUACCGGCAAGAAGAGGAACACAUUUUCGCGGAUACAGCGGAUAUUUAAAACCUCGCACAGAAAAGAAAAGCACGGAUCCAGUUCCCCGCGUCACGGGCGUGCGGCGUCCAGGGGCGUGCCGCAGAGGGUAGACACGCCGGACAGCGUGCUGCAGAGCGGUCUGGGUCUGACGGACCUCGGCCAGCACGCGGUCCUGCGCUCGAUGGUGGACCCCUUGGACUACGACAGGCUGCGCCACCUACAAAUGAACGGCGGGACACCCAACACGUUCGAGGAGACGAUUUACAAGCUCAAGGUCCAGGAGGCGCUCCGCAAACGGGAAAAGUUCACCAAGGAACACGAGGAGAUCCUGAGGGACAUAAAGCAGGGUCUGCUGCAAUUAGGCAAAGAAGGCAUCCGAGGACCUCUAUCGACGGCAGACGACACGUACAUGUACGACGAGGACGCGCGAAUGCUUCAGCCGAUGGCGCAGCAACAGCAGCACCACCACAACCACCUUCACCAUCAUCACGAUCCACGACUCGGCCACUGGUACGACGAGCCGCCGUACGAAAGCGACCCCGAGGACUUUCUGAUGGGAGGCGGACCGCAAGCCACCAUACAGAACGGGAGGGUGUGUUUCACCCUAAACGUGAGGCCGGAUCAGAAGAGCGGCGAGGGGGUUAUUUCACUGCGCAGCGCAGGAGACAUUUCCCUCCCCCGCGAGGUCGUCUCCUCCCAAACGCCUAGGCGGGGACUGAUACUGCCCAGGGAGGCCGGUUACCCCCCAACAAUCAUACCUUUAAGGUCGUCGCGCGAUCGCGAAAGCGGGGACUACGCGGGCUCGGAUGUCCAGAGCGUAAGCUCCCGACUCUCUACCCUCUCGAUGGAUACCAGCCGAUCGGAGAUCCACGAGAUGACCCAAAUGAUAUCGCCGCAGUACUACACCCACCUCGACAGCAAAAUGAGACACUUUCGGCGGACGAACAACAACUAUCCGCGUAGCGAGGACGGCCUCUCGCCGAGCCAGAGUUCCGAUUACGAGGACCAGGACGACUACAGCAACUGCAGCCAACAAGUCGCGACUGUUCACGUGUCAAGCGACGGCCGUUCGUCCGGGGUGUCCAGUCUGGUGGGCAAGGUGAGAGGGUUAAGGGAGGACGUCCAAAGGAAGAUAUCGAGACUUAAAGGCGAGGAACAGCGGGUCAACAACGAGCAGACUUACACGUGUUCCGCGAGCUCCGUGGAGAGCAUACCCAGUGGUUCGGGGUCCAGUACGCAGGCUCUGGUGCGGGCCGGAAGCAACCACAGUUCGAUAUCGACCGAAGAGGUGGACGCGAGUCCCGUCGACCAAAUAGUGGGCAGGGCCCGAGCCCUCGUUGAUCAGACUCCGAGCCCUUACGAUAAGGACGUGUUAAAAUUUAAGGCUGGUGAUAUUAUAGAUAUAGUUUCGAUGAACGCGAGCGGCCAGUGGCGGGGCGCGUGCCACGGUAGAAAGGGCACGUUCAAGUUCAUCAACGUCGAACUGAUGUCGGAACGGGCAGUCAAGGCCAAGCGGGAGAUCAAAAAGUGGCACCGGAACAUCAAGGGCAAACCGGUGUCGGUGGAGGACCUGCUGCAGAAAAUCAACCUGCCCGAGUACAUAUCCGUGUUCGUGCUCAACGGCUACGAAGACCUGGAGCUGUUCAAGGAAAUCGAACCGUCCGACCUCGACUACCUGGGGAUAGUCAACUCCGAUCACCGGGCUAAGAUCCUCACCGCGGUGCAGCUGCUCCACGAGUUAGACUCGGGCAGCGAAGGGGACGUGGCGGGGUCCAGCAGCGAAGGCGACGACCACCACCGCGGGGGCGCGACCUUGACAGCCGCGCGUCUCCACGCGAUGCCGCCUUUCAGCCGGCGGCAAUACCUCGAGUCGGAAGCGGCCCCAACCGUCGACGUUCCGGACAACCGUAACAACCUGGACUCGGUGGUGGAACAGUGCAACAACGAAAUCUUGGCGCGAGUGCGACAGGCGCAGAAGAAGGAAGAGCCCGUGAGCUACGAGGGGAACACCCAGCAGGCGGAAAAAAAGACGAAAGACUCGUACGUGGGGGUACACGGACAGACGAGCCUCGUGGACCCGUGCAAGAGGGGCAUCUUGGCUACGAAGAAGAAAGAAGAGUUUUGCGAGGCAGACCAAAAGUUUCAUUCGGUCAAGUAUGUCGUCGGGUCCGAGAUGUCCGAGCAGGGCUCCCUCGGCAUCCUGGGCAAAAGUUGCCUGAGCGAGAAGUCGAGCGACAGCGGCGUGAGCAGCAGCUCACUGUCGUCGACGGUGAAAGACAGGGAAGCGAGGCCGCCGAUGGCCCAGCUGUGCGAGAGGAGCAACAUUUGUGCCAAUAGCAAUGCAACGUCCAAUACUGCCAAUAAAUAAGACGACUUUCUUUAGGGAUUAUAUUAAUUUGUUUAAUAUUGGGUUGGCGUCGCUGGGUUUGGGACCAUUGCCACAAAAAUAACAGAAGGGCCACAUUCCAACCCGACCGUGUCCCAGAUCGGCGCGUCGAUUUUUGAACUAAAGCAAUGUUAAUCAUAAAGUAAAUCAAAUAAAUGUUAUAAAGAAUAAUCGUGAUAGCGACUGAGAUUUUAAGAGGCAAAAAAAGUUAAAUCUAUAAUCUAUAUCUCUGUUGUAAUUUCUAGGUCAGGUGUAAAUAUGAAGGAUCCGUGUACAAAGAUUGUAAAAAGGAACUAUUUAUUUAAAACGACACUACUACUGUACACUGCUAGUCCUCCCGCGAGUUUCCCCUCUUGUAAAUACCCUUCCGCUUUUUACGCCCCCGCGCUAGUUUGUUUUUUACUUUUUAAUAUUUUUAUUCUUCUAUUGACUGGAUAAACGAAUCGCAUCGCGGCAUUGCGGCCAUCUCCUCCGCACGCCAAUAUCAAUAAAACUAUGUUGCAUGUUAAACAAUGUAAACUAGAAGUGUUAUCUAUGUCAGUCAAUACUUUAGAAAAUUUAUUGAAUAAAACUU